GCCCGCCCCUCUCCCUCUAGUUAAAACAUCCACUCUCUUCGUGUUCUCAGCGUAUGUUUACCGGAACCCUAGUGAUACGAUUUGUCGCAGGACACGAAUCGGAAAGGCAAACGGGAAGGAGAAGAAGAAGAGGAGACUUUAGGAGGAAAACCAGGGGAAGAGAAACUUCAAGGAUUGCUCAGCUUUUCAUUCAUGCUACAUGCUUGUCUACUGCUCACAGAUAUGAAAGGAAUAAAAUGGAACAAUGUAAAGAUUGCUGCGCGAUAAACAACGUCUAUGUGCGUUGCUAGGAUUAGUAAAAGAAAAUGAGGAGAUCAACCAGGAAGUCUUCCGUUGGACUUGGAGUAGAUGAAGGUUUUAACGAUAAGUUUAUGCAGGUGGGAAAUUUCAGCACUAGGUUUUCCUUGCCAUCUUUUGUCAAGCGAGUGGAGAAACUCACAGAUGAUCAAAGAAGUGCAAUACAGAAGGUUGGUUUUGGAAAUUUGCUGCUGAUGCCUAAUCAGAUGCUGAGCAAGAAUCUACUGGUUGAAUUGAUGGAAAGAUGGAGUACUGAAAACCAGGCUUUCAUGCUCCUUCCGGGUGCAAUAACUAUCACUUUGAUGGAUGUUGCUUUGAUUCUAGGACUACAUGGUUUUGGAAAUCCUGUUAUCCUUAGCGAAGAUGAACCUUUGUCGGAUUUAGAGAGGGACUAUGGUGCUACUUCAUUGAAGAGGAAGAUUACAGUUGCGUCACUUGAGAGUAGAUUGAACUCAAUUGGUGAAGCUGCUGUUGAUGAUUUCAUUAGAACCUUUUUACUGUUCACCGUUGGGACUCUUCUCUUACCAAGUGCAAAUGGAAAAGUAGAUUCCCGAUAUCUGUUGCUUCUUCAAAAUAUGGAUGAUAUCUGUCACUUUGCCUGGGGUGCAGCUGUUCUGGAUGAUAUGAUCAUGUGGCUGAACAGAAGAAAAGAGACAAAUGUGCAUUAUGUAGGAGGGUGUCUCAUAUUUCUCCAAGUUUGGGCCUACGAGCAUGUCGAUAUAGCUCGACCUAUUCUGCUGGAUAGUUAUUUGACAUUUCCCCGAGCAUGUAGAUGGGGAAGUGGUCGGCCCCACCAAAGACAGUGGUUCACUUCAAAGUUUAAGGAGCUGCAGGAUCAUCAGGUUAUAACUUGGCAGCUUCAACCUACCUCUGAAGAGUUAGAGUUAGAGGUAAUCAAAGAGUUAUUGGAACAAAAUGGCACGAGCAUGGUUUCCAGGCAGCAUAGCAGUUCAGAUGGUUAUUCAAUGGCUAGAAUUAUUGAAGCAGAUAGCAAAUCAAAUACAGAUUCUGCAGAUGAAAGAGAAAUAUUUAGAGGACAGGAGGUCAAUUUGGAAGAACAAAUAACAUCAAAACAUGUUCCAACUGUGCAAAUAGACACCAUGGAACACCCAUCAAUGUCAACUGUGGUAGAAGCAAACAAACAAGUGGAGCAACCUUCACAAUGCCAACACUCUUCCACAGACCUUUCUAAUUUCAAUGAAGAUGACUUACCAAGGAACUGUCAGUUAUUAGAAGUGCAAAAUGUGGAAUUGAGGAAGGAAAUCGAUGAACUCAAAAAUGAAAUUAGAGCAUUAAGAAGCCAGGUCCUGUCAAUUCCUGUGCUGGAAGAGCAGAACCAAAAACUGAGAGAACAAGUAGCAAAUCUGAUAAAAGAAAAUCAGUCUAUAAAUUUAUCUGCCAAUAAUUUUGUAGCUCGUUUGGAUGCUAUUUUACUGGACGAGACUGGAAAUGGCGCAGAAGAAACUUAGUCGUCCAGAUUAUUAAGGUUUUCCAAAGCCCAGUUGUGUUUCUUCUCUUAUAUCCUAUAAGUUAAGAAUACUAGUCCUGCUUUUUAAAAUGCCGACUAGUUCACUGCAUCGAGUCAGUGUUUCUGCACUUAACUCUCCUUACCAAAUUGGAAACUGGGACAAUUUAUUUGGACUAGAAUUGCUGGAAUGUAAAUCUCUCCAAAAACUCCUGGAGGAAUCUAGAUGUGGAAGCUUGUAAAAAUCUAGAAGAGGGAAGUAUAUACUGUGGUAAGAAAAGUAUAUACUGUGUAGCAAA